AUGAUAGAGAAGAAGGGAAAGAUAAAGAAAGAGAAGAAGAAAAUGAAUAAAAAGAAGAGAGAGAGAGCUAUAGCACUACCACCCAUUGCCCGGUGGCCCUAUCAGAAUGGAUUCACAUUCUCUACCUGGUUUAGAGUGGAGCCAAUCAAUACAAACAUAGAGAGGGAUAAACCGUACUUAUACUGCUUUCGAACAAGCAAAGGUGUCGGUUACUCUGGUCACUUCAUGGGUUCAUGCCUGGUUGUGACCUCUGUCAAGGUCAAAGGUAAAGGCUUUCAGCACUGCAUCAAGUAUGACUUCCAACCAAGAAAGUGGUACAUGGUAACAGUGGUGCAUGUGUACAACAGAUGGAGGACGAGUGAAAUCAAAUGCUAUGUCAAUGGAACCCUGGUAUCAUCGGGUGAGAUGCAGUGGUAUGUCAGCACUAGUGAUCCAUAUGACAAGUGUUUCCUAGGGUCGGCGCCCACGGCAGACAAGGAGAGAACUUUCAGUGGCCAGCUGUCAUCUGUGUAUCUGUUCAGUGAAGCCAUAUCACCACAGUGUAUCCAUGGAAUAUACCUCUUAGGUCCCAACUACAGGAGUCAUUUCAAGUUCCCAUCAGAGAGUGAUGUAAGCCUUCCAGAUCAGUUCAAGAAGGUCUUAUAUGAUGGCAAGCUAACCAGCAGCAUAGUGUUCCUCUACAACCCUGCUGCUACUGAAUCACAGCUAUGUCUAGAGUCAUCACCCAAGGGUAACCCAUCGUUCUUUGUCCAUUCACCACAUGCCCUCAUGGUUCAGGAUGUCAGAGCCAUUGUGACCCACUCCAUUCACAGUACGUUGCAUUCCAUCGGUGGUAUACACAUGCUUUUCCCUAUCUUCACCCAACUGGAUUAUCUCCAUCAACAACUGACUACCAAAGAUGAUGAGGAGACUCCUGCAGUUUGCCCUCUUCUAUUAGGAUUACUGUGUGAUCUAUUGAAGGGUUCUAUGUCAACUCAACAGCAGAUGGUCCAUGGUAGAGGUUUCAUCAUCCUAGGCUAUAUACUGCAGAAGGCUUUACCUGAGCACAUGACAGGCACAGUCCUAGAGCUGUUCCUAGACCUAGCCAAGCAUUUCAACAACCUCCCAACUGGUAUCCAGCUCCUACGCCAUCUUGUUGAUCAUAUCCUCUUCAAUCCAUCGCUAUGGAUACAUACACCAAUCAAGGUCCAGAUAUCCCUGUACACUUUCCUUGCCAAUGAGUUUGUGGGUCAGGCGUCCAUCUACACCAAUAUCCGUCGGGUUAGCACGGUCCUUCAGUUGAUGCACACUCUCAAGCACUACUACUGGAUCGUCAACCCAGAGAACAGGAGUGGAAUCGUGCCAAAAGGCUUGGAAGGUAAUCGGCCAAGCCUUGAAGACCUCUUGACUCUGAGGGCACUCAUCCUUCGUGUUACCAAGCAACUGAUUCUCAAAGAGAAGUCUGCUAAUGACGAGGAGCUUCAGAUCAUUCUCAAUUAUCUCAUGACCAUGCAUGAGACAAGAUCUGAGGGGUUUGAUGAGAAAACAGUGGACCUGAACCUGAAGGAUGUUCUUCAGCUAUUGCUCUCUCUGAUGGCAGAAAACAUCAACGGCUUGGCAGUUGCAUUUGACAGGAAAAAUGGCAUCAGGACUGUAUUCAAGCUGUUGGCUUCAAACGAUGAAGUAGUUCGGUCUCUCUCCCUCAAAUGUCUUUCCCUUUUCCUCAGUAGACUACCACACAAGAGGAAGAUGGACCUGAUGUAUGCACAUAAUCUAUAUUCACUUCUUGGAGAGAGAAUGCAACUCACAUCAAAUACACUCACACUCACCAUGUACAACUGUCUCUUUGAGCUAUUGACAGAGAGAGUUAGUUUACAAGUGAUGUCAACGAGACACCCAGAACCAGACAAGACAUAUAGAGUUAUGAACCCAGGGAUGUUCCAUGUGAUUGCCAGGCUUCUGCGCCAAUCUGUUCCCAGUCCUGAGUCUAUGGAUGUAAGAAGACUAUUCCUAUCUGAUAUGAUCCUUCUUUUCAACAACAGUAGAGAAAACCGCAGAAUCCUUCUGCAGUGUUCUGUAUGGCAGGACUGGAUGAUAUCUCUCUCCUAUAUCUACCCCAAGAAUGAGGAGGAGAAGAAGGUAUCCGAGAUGGUGUACUCUCUCCUACGCAUGCUCCUCCAUCAUGCUAUGAAAUAUGAAUGGGGAGGAUGGAGGGUAUGGGUGGAUACCCUAUCUAUCUUACAUUCCAAGGUAUCCUUUGAAGACCACAAGAAUGACCUCCUGAAGGCCUACACCCACUACCAGAACCAGCAGAGUGAGGAUGGAGGCAGCCCUCGACGGAUACCACUCAACAUCUCAGAGGCUGUAGCUGCUGGUGCCAAACUACCCAGGUCAGGUCAACCAGACCAUUCCAUCAGCGCUCUUGCAGCAAUGACCGGUGGGGAUGGACUGGACUAUGAGGUCGUGGAGGAUGACCCUAACAAUCCGUACCCACCCCGGGAAAGGAUGGUGACAGAAGCAGAGUUGGAAAGGAUACGUCACCAGCAGGAGGUGAGAUCCUUCUUGAAUGAUGUAAUUGAUAGAGUUGUCUCCAUGGUGGAGAAGGUGGAGCCAAAGGAAACGGCAGAAGGAGAUAGGGCAGAGGCCGUCUCUACUGAUGCAUCUAACAGUGCUGAUGGCAAUGAAGAUACUUCCAUUGUAUCGAAGGACAGUCCAGCCAUCCUUCCCCUCGCUAACAUCACAACCAAUGAACAGAUACUCCAGGCUGCUGAUUAUACUACCCAGGUACCCCUAGAGGAGGAGGUUAGACAGAUGGAGGCUGGAGCCAGUGGUGGAGGGGGUGGAGACACACCCAGCCAGAGGGUCUUUAGUCCAGGACCACAUCAGGCUCCGUAUCGUAUCCCAGAAUUCCAGUGGUCCCAUAUGCAUCAACGGAUGAUGUCUGAUCUAUUGUUUGCUAUUGAAACUGAUGUGCAGGUUUGGAGAAGCCACAACACAAGGACAGUGAUAGACUACGUCAAUGCUGGAGAGAAUACUAUCUUUGUUCAGAAUGUCACUCAGAUGAUUUCUCAAAUCAUGGAUGUCCUCAUCUAUUCCUGUGGUGGCAUCCUACCUCUCCUCUCGGCUGCAACAUCAAGAAGUCUAUAUGAUCAGCCUGAUGUCAUCAUGCUACCCCUAUUCUAUCAGCAAGAUCCUGACAUCGUUGAACCUACCCAGAACCUUCCCUUGGAUGUGGGCAUCUCAUUCAUCAACCGUAUCAUGAACCUUGUCGAUGUCCUGGUCUUUGCCAGCAACCAGAACUUUGGAGAGCUGGAAGCAGAGAAGAGCGUUGCUAGAGGAGGAAUCCUUAGGCAAUGUCUGCGACUCACCUGCUUCUGUGCAAUUCGCAAUGUUCUAGAGUGCCGUUUCCGGAUGCAUCCUUCUCCAUCGUCCAGUACAGUAAGUCUCAACAAGCCUACUCCGGCUGAGCCUAGCACGCCUACAGGCAGUAUACAUACACUCAUCCAGGCUACACAACCAUCCCCUCGGGCCGCCACUAAUAUCAGGCUCCCCGGUUAUAUGAAGAACAUAGUUGAGAACCUUGCAAGUCCGAUGUCUCCUGUCCGAGAUCUGGAGAGACUGCUUCAAGACAUGGACAUCCAUAGGCUUAGAGCAGUCGUCUACAGAGAUGUGGAGGAGAGCAAGCAGGCCCAGUUCCUGGCCCUGGCUAUCGUUUACUUCAUCUCGGUCCUGAUGGUGGCCCGUUACCGCGACAUCUUAGACUCAGACAACUCCCCAGCCCUCUCCAGACAGAAUUCCAUCCAGAAGUCUCAGGUCUCUGCUCAUGACAUCGAACAAGAAAUGGACAAUAGAGCCGCCCAGACGGCCCAAGGCAGGAGUCAAGAGCAAAUAGUAAAGAAUGGAUCAAAGGAAGACGUAGCUCAGCCAAGUGCUCCUGCAGGAGCACAGGUCUCCAUUAACCAGCAGGAUCCACAUGGAGUCAGGAAGGAGCCUCUUGGAGCUGCCUCUCAGGAGAUGGAUGGAGCUCAUAAAGUAGCAGAGGAGCCAUUGAAGAAAAAUGUUGCUCCCACAAUGGAUAAUAAGGAGGCAACCAGGGUACCAGCAGAGAAAGAGGGAGCGAUGGAACAAGAAGAUGAGGAUGAUGAAGAAGAAGAAGAGGAUGAAGAGGAGGAGGAUAACAGGAUGAGAGAUGACCCUCCGUCACAGGAUGAUAGCAGUGCUGGGCAAGAGGAGGAGAAGACGGAUAAGGAAAAAGAGAUCCAUGAUGAGGAUGAAGAUAAGUUGAAAGACACCAUCGAGAAUGGCAUCGACGAUAAGAAGACCGUUUCCACCAGCGACAUCAUCCCCACCAUCACUGAUGAUAUGUCGGGCAAAGAUGGAGACGAGAUGCAGGAAGUCUCUUUGAAUGGCUCCUUAGAAGGAGACGAGGAGGAGGAGACCAAAGCUCCUACUCCACCCACCAAGGAUAUCGCCUCACCAACUGCCAUUAAAAAGGAUGCGGAUACACAUGGGGAGUCGACGGAGGAGGGCGGAGCUGAAGGAGCGAUGCCUCCUCCGAAGGGUACAUCGUCGAUAUCAUCGAUCGUCAUGGCAUCAGAGAAAGUUGGUGAGUCGGACGAGAAACGCCCCAUUCACACCUGGCCAUGGACGGGAACCAAGAAUGGUGAACAGCCACCAGGUGCCCAAGGAACUAUUCCUGGAACUAUUUGUGCCAAUCCGGAUGCCCCAGUACCACCUGGUGAUGCCCCUACCGUCCCCUACACCAACACCCCUCUUCCAGCAGAAGUCCAGGAGAAGUCUAGUCUCUACAGACCACCGCCCUUGGAUCUUUCGGGCGUGGCAGAAGGAGUGAUGACUCCAUCUUUAGCAGAGAAGAAGCUGGUAGCCGGAGCAUCGGAGGGAACCGUUGAGGAGAGGUUGACCAAGGCCUUGGAGACAGCUGCCCCGCUCCUGCGAGAGAUCUUCCUGGACUUUGCACCCUUCCUUUCCAAGACGCUGCUUGGAAGCCAUGGUCAGGAGCUGCUGAUUGAAGGUCUGAUAACGAUGAAGUCAUCCAACUCAGUCAUUGAGCUAGUCAUGAUGCUGUGCUCUCAGGAAUGGCAGAACUCUAUCCAGAAACAUGCUGGCCUGGCUUUCAUUGAGCUGGUCAACGAGGGCAGGCUUUACUCAGGCCUGACCAGGGAACAUCUCUUGCGUGUGGCUAAUGAGGCAGAGUUUAUCCUCAGUAGGCACAGGGCUGAAGAUGUUCAGAAGCAUGCAGAGUUUGAGUCACUUUGUGCACAGACAUCGAUGGACUGUCGAGAGGAGGAGAAGAUGUGUGAUCACCUGAUCACCGCUGCUAAGAGGCGGGAUCAUAUCCUGGCCAGCCAACUCAUCCAGAAGACCCUUAAUAUACUCACCAACAAACAUGGUGCAUGGGGGAACUUGGCUGAAGGGCCAAGAGAGUAUUUCCGUCUUGAUAUGUGGGAGGAUAAUACAAGACGUCAUCGUCGUCUUGUUCGCAAUUCUUUCGGCUCCUCACACACAGAAGCAACACUGAAAGCAGCCAUUGAGCAUGGAGAACCUGAAGAUGUUGUAGAGAAGGCUAAACAAGCUCUCCAUGCUCAGAUAGCAUCUAAGCAACGUGGUUCACAGGGUUCUGAGGAUACUACUGAAGAUGAGACUAGUAUACAGGAAGAUGCAGAACUAGAGAAUGAACUUGAAGGUCCUGUGGUUUAUACAACAUCAUCUCAGAUGAUUGCACCAUGCGUUGUUGUCAAGGGAACACUGUCCAUCACAUCAGCUGAGAUGUACUUUGAAGUGGAUGAAGAUGAUGCAAGCUUCAAGGAGGCUGACCCAAAGGUAGGAAAGAAAACUUUCAUAUAAUUCAUUGCAUUCUCCAUGUUUAUUGGUGUACUGAAUAAUAAUUGUGGAUGUGAAACUAUCGAACAAGAAAAUGUAUUCAACUUGAAAAAAUAUUCUUCAGAAAACAAGAAAAAAGGUUAAGACAUUUGAUUUUUAAUGACUGUGAUAUGUUUACAUUGGAAAGUCAAAACUUUCAAGAAAUAAGGAAAGAAGGGGGAAAAGGAAUAGAUAUUAUGAGGAAAACAGAAAAAAACUAAUUUUCAAAAGUAUGGCAGUGUCUUUAGCAGCAGAAAUAGCAAAUUUCAAGAAGAAAAAUCCUUUUAUCUUUCAGAAUAAGAAAUGAUAUUCAAAUUUUAUGUCAGGAAAUAUUCCAGCUCCACUGAAAACAUAUGAGGCUGUGCUUUUGAAUUUACUCAGUACUUAGAAGGGUAGAGUAUUUCUUAGGUAGUGGUGUUAUACAUGUUUUGUAACAGUUUUUAAAACAGUGAUGCAGUGUUUGUAGCAGUUUUGGUGUCUGUCUGUGUGUGAUUAUUUGUGAAGUAUAAAGUCAUUGUGCAUAUUUUUUACCAGUAGAAAGCAUAUCACUUGCAGCUGAUUGGUAGUUUCGUGAUAACAUUUUUCCUCAUUCUAAACUGAUAUGUAAUUUUCAAAUGUAUAAUAGUAAAUAUUAAAGUUUGAAACUUUGAGAGGUAUGAAAGCACAAAAAAGGGUAAAAGGUUGAAGCAGGAAGUUACGGUAUGUUGUUGUGUUUUCUCUUUUCAGAGGGAAUGUUUAUUUUUUCUUUUGUUUAACUAAAGUAUGUGAAUCAUCUUCCAGACAAUGUGCUCUUGCAAAUCACCAAAUUUGGGAACAAAAAUCAGGUAUGAUGCUGUACUCCUUCACAAGUACACUGACCCCCACACCUCUUGUCAUUUUAUUUCAAUAUCCCGAUGCUUACAAUAAACUUGAACAUUGAACCUUUAGAAGUUAAUGGUCUGUUUUCCGAUUACGGGGGCAUGAUCAAUUUCCUACUUGCAAUCAUAUGAACAUAGACAUCCUCCUCAUGGCAGCUGAUGGUUACCAUCCCAUCGAUCACAGGGACCGAGAUAUUUAGGAACUAUCCGCAACCCCCUCAUACCAUCAUUAAAAGGAUAUCAAACAUUCAAAAUCUUGCUCCAUCAGGGGUAAAUGACUGCAUCCAUUUUACCAGCUGGUAGACAAAGGUUUCCUUUUUGGUAGUAGUGGUGGUGGUGGUGGAGUUGCCUGGUGAUCCCUGACCCUCUUAUUUCCCUGUGCUCCACAUUAACCCCGGUCUGUGCACUGUUGUAAAACUUUAGAGUUACUGUUUGGUUGUUGUUGGCAGAAUCAGAGAAAAAAACAAACCCAGGAAUAUUGAAUGAUGAAUUGAUAAAGAGGAAGGGAGUAGAAGAGGGCAAACAUUGUAUGGAGAUACAUCCAGUGAUGUCAAUGGGAAAGUACAAAAUGAUAUUAAAAGGGAGAGAAUUUUGUAGAAGAAAGUUAGAAAUAUUUGAGAUUUGUAGGGCAUGCAUGGUUCUUGUUGCUGUGAUGGAAUGGGAGAGGAUAAUAUAGAAUGAUAUGCCAUUAUGGAGAGAGAGAGAGGGUAAGAGAGAAUAUAUAGAGAGGAAGAGAGAAAUAGAGAGAGAGGAAGAUGGAUAAAACAAGACUUAGAGACAUUUAAAAUAGAAAGAACGAAAGAGAGAGAUAGAUAGAGAUAAAGAAAGAGCGAGAGAUUGAUGGACAUAGACAGAGGUAUAUGAAUAUAAAGAGCCGGGCUUUAAGCAAGAAGACAUGAAAGGAGAGGAGUUGGAGAAGAGGAGAAUGAGAUGACCAAGGAGCUUCCAGCUCCUUGAGAUGACAAAAUGUGGAUUGAAAGAUUAUUAAAAGAUACAAUUUCCUUUCAAUUUGGAUCAAAUGCAUCUGUGUUAUGACCACUAUUAACUCACUCUGAACUGUGCAUGAAACCACCUCCUUGGAAGUAGAUCUAAGAAUAGAAAUCAAGGUUACCACCUUUAAGUGUCCCUCCAAGUAUCUCUUGCUAUCAUCAUCAAUAGAUCUGAUAAUUAGCUAUGCGUUCCAACAGAUGAGACCCACAGGCUAUGGUGGUGGUAGCUGCUGCUGCUGCUGCUGAUUGCAGGCAUGGAAGACCUCUUAUGUUGCCAUUCACACAAGCAGAACUUAUUACAUAGGUUGUCAUAGAUAACUUUUGGAGAAUGGUUUUUCCCAGUCAAUGUUUGAGCUAAUUCCUGGAUUUAUUUUUCAUGAAUAUUAGAGUUAGGAUAGAUUAUUAGGUAUAUUCAGAAACAUGGCUGUUUUGAUUUGAAGUAAACAUGGAAUACCUAAAUAAUCUAUAUCUAAAUUAGGAGCAGUGGAGUUGUUGCUCAGCAAUGUUUUAAAUGACUUGCAUAGAUUUGAUGAGUAAACCUAAAGGAUUUUUUCUUGGGGGGGGGGGGUUAUCUAUUAUAUCACUCACACUGUUGUAAUCGCUUAUUGGCACCUAUGUUGAAUACAGAUUUGGUAUUACAUUCCUCUUGUAUGCUCUGGUUACAGUCUAUAUUUUACUGUAUACAAGGCCCUUCUCUUUUUAUUGUUCACUUUUUUUGUAUUGCGAAGGAAGUUAUUAAUGUGAAUGACCUGAAGUUUCAGGGAAUUGUGAUGAAGUCUGAAGUUACAAGAUAACAGCCUUUGCAAGGUAAAGUGUUUGAAUGACACUCGCUGAUCUGAUCUAUCCUACACUCCUCUGUCUAUCUUUUAAAGGCAAGAUGCAGUGGAAACACAACAAGAAAGAAUAUUUUGCACUUUCACUAUUCAUGGAGAAACACAUUGUUAUCCCAUAUACUAUUUGAAUAGUUGAGCAUUUAAAGGCUUUAUACAUACAAUUAAUGAUUUAUGCAUUAAAAAUGCAUUUUUUUUUCAUAUUCAUGGCUUUGGCUUGUUUGCUGGAACACUGGAAGGGGGUGGUUCUGAGUCUGAGGAUAUUUUUUUAAUCUCUGAAACAAUUAUUAAUAAUCAGGGAAUUAUUUGAAUUUGUGUAAUUGUUAACAGACUGUCACCUUUCCCUAAAUUGUUUUUUGAAGAAGUCAUACGGUUCAUUUACUUAAUUUAAAAAUGCUUACUUGUAACACCAAUGAUGUACUGUCUUUAAUAACUUGACAACCUUGACCUAAUAAAAUGAACUUUAACUUUAAAGACAACUGAUGGCAUAGGACAGCUGAUAAAAUUAUUAGAAGCAGUGCUGAUGCUGUCAUAUCUAUCUGUCCAACUAAAACCAAUUAGAUGGUUACGUUCCUUAUCAUGGAGAAAGUCUUUGCAAUGGAAAUUAUGUUCUAAUUUCUAAGGUAACUUAACCAAUACUUAAACAAAUGAUAGAUAUGAUAAAUGGUGACAUGACCAUGAUAUUGAUAAUGAUGAUAUUGCUGGUAAUAAUGAUCAUGAUCAGGGUGAUCAUGAAAAUAUUUUUGGUGAUUGUUAUUAUAAAAUUAAUGACAGUAAUGAGGUAGUAAUAGAUGAUGAAUAUGAACUGAAAUAAAAUCUUUAUUAAAAAUAUAGGUAAGGAAAAUCAAAUGGAG